AUGAUUUAAUUUUUUGCUUGUAUUCAAUUUUUUCUUUUCUCGUCUUUUUAUAUUACUUUACUUUUUUAAUCAAAAAUAAGCAUGCAUGCAAAAAAACAUACAAAAAUCAAAAUAAACAAAGAAAGAUAAAAACACCCCAGUCUAUUUAAUAAUUUAUUAGUUUAUCUUCUUUCUUUCUUAAAUAAUUUCAAUGAAAAAUAAACAGAUAUCAAUCAAUCGUAAAGUUAAGAUUUUGAUUGUUAAUUUAAUUUUUUUACUUUUUAUUUCUUUCUUUCUCUUGCUUGCUUAAUUAAUAAUAUUGUCAUAUUUUUCUUUGAUUUUGUAUAGUUAUUGAUAAACAUUACGUUCAUCAUUGAUUAUUUAAUUGAUAUUCUUUUUUCCUACCCAUAUUAUUACUCAUUAUUCAAAAAUUUUAAUUCACCCAACCCCUCAAGAUUUUUUAAUUAUUUACUACACCAAAAUUUUAUUUAUUCAAUGAUGAUAUCACUUUAGCUAACAAUCAAAUAAUAACUCAUAAUAACUUUAAUACUACAUUAAUGCAGCUCACGCGCCUGCCCUAUUUAUUUAUCCCCUCACCACGCAAACUCAAAAUUCAAAAAACAAAAAAAUUAAUAAAAAAAUCAAAGAGAGAAGAAAUCAAAAAGAAAACAAAGAAACAAACAAAUCAUUCUUCUUCUCUUUCAUUCAUUUAUUCAUCUUUUUCGUUGUCAAAUAUUUUUCAUUUUCAUCAUAUUAAAAAUAAAUAAAUAAACUUUUUUUCUUUUGUUCAUUUAGUUCUCUUUUAAUUAUUCACUUAUUUGUUCAUUCAUUAUUACUUAAAAUAUUUGA